CCGCGCCUCAGUCCGACAGAGGAGCGGGACGGUGCGGUCGUCCCUCCGUCCUUCCCGUCGGGGACAGCGGUUGGGACCGUUGGCUGCGGCCUCGCCUUUCCCCUCGCGCGUCACCUCACCCGUCGGUCCACGGCCCACCCUCAAGAUGCCGGAAGCAAUGCAAACUCAGGAUCAUUCAAUGGAGGAGGAAGAAAUUGAGACCUUUGCCUUCCAGGCAGAAAUUGCCCAGUUGAUGUCUCUGAUUAUCAACACCUUCUAUUCUAACAAAGAAAUAUUUUUGAGAGAGCUGAUUUCUAAUUCAUCUGAUGCUCUGGAUAAAAUCAGAUACGAGAGUUUGACAGAUCCGAGUAAAUUAGACUCUGGGAAAGAACUGAAUAUUAAUCUUAUCCCAAACAAGAAUGAACGCACCCUUACUCUUGUGGACACUGGCAUUGGAAUGACGAAAGCUGACUUGAUCAACAACCUUGGCACUAUAGCCAAAUCUGGAACCAAGGCUUUCAUGGAAGCAUUGCAGGCUGGUGCAGAUAUCUCUAUGAUUGGUCAGUUUGGUGUUGGGUUUUAUUCUGCGUACUUGGUGGCUGAAAAAGUGACAGUAAUCACCAAACAUAAUGAUGAUGAACAGUAUGCCUGGGAAUCUUCUGCAGGAGGGUCAUUCACUGUUAGAAUUGAUACAGGUGAACCUAUUGGUCGUGGAACAAAGGUUAUCCUGCAUUUGAAGGAGGACCAAACUGAAUACUUGGAGGAAAGGCGCAUAAAGGAGAUUGUGAAGAAGCACUCUCAGUUCAUUGGCUAUCCAAUUACACUUUUUGUGGAGAAAGAGCGGGAUAAAGAGGUAAGUGAUGAUGAGGCAGAAGAAAAAGAAGAAAAGGAGGAACAAGAGAAAGAGGAAAAGGAGGAGACUGAAGAUAAACCGGAGAUUGAAGAUGUUGGCUCUGAAGAAGAGGAAGAAGAAAAGAAAGAUGCUGACAAGAAAAAGAAAAAGAAAAUUAAAGAGAAAUACAUUGACCAGGAAGAACUCAACAAGACAAAACCCAUCUGGACUAGGAAUCCUGAUGAUAUUACUAAUGAGGAGUAUGGAGAAUUUUAUAAGAGCUUGACCAAUGACUGGGAAGACCAUUUAGCUGUAAAACACUUCUCAGUUGAAGGACAGUUGGAAUUCAGAGCCCUUCUUUUUGUCCCAAGACGUGCACCCUUUGACCUGUUUGAAAACAGGAAGAAAAAGAAUAAUAUCAAGUUAUAUGUACGCAGAGUUUUCAUCAUGGAUAACUGUGAGGAACUAAUACCUGAGUAUCUGAAUUUCAUUAGAGGUGUGGUGGACUCUGAGGAUCUCCCUUUAAACAUUUCCCGUGAAAUGCUGCAGCAAAGCAAAAUCCUGAAAGUGAUUAGGAAGAAUUUGGUCAAAAAGUGCUUGGAACUCUUCACUGAACUGGCAGAAGAUAAAGAGAAUUACAAGAAGCUUUAUGAGCAGUUCUCUAAGAACGUCAAGCUUGGAAUACAUGAAGAUUCUCAGAACCGGAAGAGACUUUCGGAGUUGCUGAGAUACUUCACUUCUGCUUCUGGAGAUGAGAUGGUCUCCCUCAAAGAUUAUUGCACUAGAAUGAAGGAGAACCAGAAACACAUCUAUUAUAUCACUGGUGAAACGAAGGACCAGGUUGCUAACUCCGCUUUUGUUGAGCGUCUUCGGAAACACGGCCUAGAAGUCGUCUACAUGAUCGAGCCUAUUGAUGAAUACUGUGUUCAACAGCUAAAGGAAUUUGAGGGCAAGACCUUGGUGUCUGUAACCAAAGAGGGCUUGGAACUCCCAGAAGAUGAGGAGGAGAAAAAGAAUCAAGAGGAAAAGAAAGCAAAAUUUGAAAGUCUCUGUAAAAUCAUGAAAGAUAUCCUUGAAAAGAAAGUUGAGAAGGUGGUUGUGUCAAACAGAUUGGUCACAUCCCCAUGCUGCAUUGUCACAAGCACAUAUGGCUGGACAGCUAACAUGGAGAGGAUUAUGAAGGCUCAAGCACUGAGAGAUAAUUCUACAAUGGGUUACAUGGCGGCAAAGAAACACUUGGAGAUAAACCCUGACCAUUCCAUUAUUGAAACUUUGAGGCAGAAGGCAGAGGAUGAUAAAAAUGAUAAGUCUGUGAAGGAUCUUGUCAUCUUACUGUAUGAGACUGCACUUCUGUCUUCAGGCUUCAGUCUGGAAGACCCCCAGACUCAUGCCAACCGCAUUUACAGGAUGAUCAAACUUGGUCUUGGCAUUGAUGAAGAUGAUCCUGCUUCUGAAGAAACCGGUGCAGCAGAAGCUGAAGAAAUGCCACCCCUUGAAGGAGAUGAAGAUACCUCUCGUAUGGAAGAAGUAGAUUAAAGGAACUACCUAAUAAAGGGCUUCAUGUUUCUUGGA